AUGAAUGCAGAGUGCUUUUUCUACCUCAUGUGUGUCAUUAUGAUGUUCUUUUUUAAACAAGGAAUUGUAGCUACUACAAAAAGUAAUAUGAGCGAACGGAAUUUUUUAAUAAAAAAAUUUUACAAUAACAAAUUAACGAAAACAUUUGAUAAAGAUGAUUAUCACUUCUUUCGUUUAGUUUUUAUAAAGUUUCUCAUUAAAUCAAAAUUUUUAAAUAAAAAUGUUGUAAACCUAGAUGACAUGGUCAGAAUUCUGGAGAAUAUAAAAUUUGGAAUAAAUCAAAAAAGUGACCAUAUAUAUAUGUGUCUAUAUAACGAAAUGAAAAAUAUAUCAAUAAAAAGAUAUAAAGAAAUAUAUGAAAAAAAUGAAAUAGAUAAAGAAAUUACAAACGAAAUUGAAAAAAUUACAAAAACCAGGAAAAAUAAAUUAACUCUCAUGUCACUCAUACCUUUUCCUAUGGAUGAGAUAUUUAAUUCUAGAGAGAGCUAUAAAAAAGUUCAUAUAAUGUUAGAUAUAUUGUACGUGUCUAUAAUAACUAGCUAUGAGCAACUAGACGAGAAAGGGAAAAGACAUAUGCUAAUGUUAAUGUAUGAACAUACAAUAAAUCAUUGGAUGAGUUUGAACUUUUUAAGGAAAAUAAUGCAAUAUAAAUUAUCAUUAAAUAAAGAUAGUAUAUUAUUAUAUAUAUCUUUAGAAAAAAAAAAUAAUAUAGAUGAUGUAACAAAAGAAGAAUAUAUCAGGGAUAUAGAACUGAAGCUAAAAAAUUUAGUACAAGAUUUCUUACAUAAAUUAUACCCCAGUUAUGUAGGUAUGGAAAACUCUGCAUUUGUAGUUGAUAAGUUUACGAAAGUCUUUAUCCCGGAACUGCGAAUUAUAGGGUAUAAAACGAGAAGAGAAAAUAAGUUGAAGAGUAACAUACAGGGUUGCCAAAAUAAGGAAGAAACGCAAAAUAGUGCAAAUAACGCGAAUAGUGAAAAUAACGCGAAUAGUGCAAAUAACGCGAAUAGUGCAAAUAACGCGAAUAGUGCAAAUAACGCGAAUAGUGCAAAUAACGCGAAUAGUGCAAAUAACGCGAAUAGUGCAAAUAACGCAAAUAGCGCAAAUAGCGCAAAUAACGAAAAUAGCGCAAAUAACGAAAAUAGCGCAAAUAACGAAAAUAGCGCAAAUAACGAAAAUAGCGCAAAUACUGAAGGAUGUAAAAAAUAUGGGGUCUCCUCCAAUUUUUUCGACACAGAAGAAAACAUGAAUAAAAUAAUUCUACAGAUUUUGUUAACUGACUCGUACGGGAAUUCAACCAUAGGAAAAGAUGAUACAUACGAUGUUUAUUUUACUAUUGAAAAUGUUUACAAUAUUUUAUUAGACCAUUUUUUCCACAAUGAGGAUUUUUCAUUAUCUAUUGGAAAACUGUCGUACGAAAAAGAGCCAUUCGAAGAUCAGCUAUUCGUGAACCCGUCAUUCGUUAUGGCACGAUAUCUAUUUGGUGAUCAACAAAAUGGAAAAUUAAAAGAAGAGGAGAAGAAAUAUGAAGAUAUAUCGUUACAUAUAUUUCUAAAAAUUAUCCGUAAUGUAAAAUUUACGUUUAAACAUAUACAAAAGUAUGUACUAAAGAACACCAAAUAUUUGAGCUCCUUUCAUUAUAUUCAUUUUUAUGGUGCAUGCACGAAAUAUAAGAAUACUGAUAUUAUAAAAGUAAUUGGAAAAUUUGGGGAAGACAUUGACAACAGUUUAAUUAAUAACGUUAUUAUAAAAAUGAAGGCAGAUGAAAUUAUUGCACAUAUAAAAUUAUAUUCAAAAAAAAUGAGUAAAGACAAUAUUUUGAAUUAUGUAACUACCAAACAGAUAAAAGAGCAAUUAAAUCGAUCAAACUAUUUUUAUGUUAUGUAUUAUCUAGUAGAUAAAACUAAAGAAAUACCCAAACCUAUUAACUGUACUAUUUGUAGGCAUUACAAGUAUCACUAUAUUAUUCUUUUUAUUGCUGCAGCUAUUCCAUCUGUAAUCAUUUUUGCUAUAUUUUUUAUUAUUUGCUAUUGCAGAAUAUAUAAGUGCACAAAUCCGCAAUUAGCCUGUUCUAAGCACAUUUCAGAAAUAUGCCCUUGGCUAUUCUAUGUUAAAACAUCUUCAAAUCGUUAUAAAAGACUAACCAAACCACAUGGACAAAGAAAAAUGCAGACAAAGGCCAUGACAAUAGCGACAAAAAAAACGAUACCAGUUCUGAAAAAAGGCUUCAAAAAUGAGCGCCAAGUAAAAGUUAACAAAAAAUAA